AUGGCCACUCUGUGUACUCUGGUGACGGCAUUGCGACUUGCAGUUCGCCUAAGAAUCAACAAACACCUUGGGCUUAGCGACUGGCUCAUGGUAGGAGGCGUGAUCCUAAAUUUUCUGGGUUGCUUGCCUUACGCAGUGCUCGCAGCAAAAGGCGGCCAAGGCCGUCUAAUGGCAGAUCCAUGGUGGCUUGAACCAGGACGUACAUCGCACGAACUACAUAUGAUCUUCAUUACGCAGUGUCUCAACGUCUACGCAAUGUUUCUUGUUAAAGCCUCUAUUUGCGCCUACUUGAUGGCAUUGGAUUUUGGACGCAGCUAUCGCGUCCUCAUCUGGACAUCUGUUGUUAUCGUGGUGUUUUGCAACUUUGUCAUGAUGUUGAUACUGCACUUUGCGUACUGUCGGCCUUACUACUCACGGUGGGAUUUCAGUGUCAAGGGGGAGUGUUGGCCUGAAGCAGUCAGUGAUGCAACGGCUUACGUGCAGAUUGCAUCCAACAUCGUUACCGAUUUAAUCUACACUGCUGCACCUAUCGUGUAUUUAAGACAUAUCCAGCUCAGCAAGCAGACGCAAUGGGGCGUCCGAAUCGUUUUUCUACUGGCACUGGUUGGCACCGGGCUUUCCGUUGCCAAAAUCCCCAUCACCGCCAAGUUUCUCAAGUCACAAGAGAUGAUGCGGGAUGCCAUUGAUCUAAGUAUCUGCAGCAUUAACGAGGUCUGCGUCGGCAUCGUCGUCGCAAAUCUUCCUCCUCUGCGGAAUACAAUCCUAAGUCUAUUCUCGAAAAUCAUCCCAGCAAGCUUUGCAACGGCCAUUGGGGUUUCACAAAAACCCACCAGCCAUUUUGAUAUGGUCUCUUCGCACUAUACUUCUAAGGGCCACACAAAGCUCCAAGAUGGUGAUGACGACGAAAGCGAACGCUGCAUACUGGAGUUGGGAGAGAGACACCGAAAUUGGAGCAUUAUGAAGACCACUCAAGUCGAUGUUCGCAACGAAGAUGCAAAAUCCUGCCAAAUAAGUCCUACCCAAACACCUUUUUAG